AUGCUCCCGCGAAUCGCCAUCGUCGGAGUCGGCCAAGUCGGCGGCGCCGCAGCCUACGCUCUCAUCCUGAGCUCUUUGGCCCGAGAAAUCCUCCUCGUCGAUGUGAAAUCUGCGUUAAGAGACGCCCAAGCACGCGAUCUUUCCGAUGUAGCGUAUGCCAGCAACAGUAACACGCGGGUGCGCGCGACCACGAUCCAUGAGGCCGGGCAGUGCGAUAUUGUAGUUGUCACAGCGGGGUCGAACUUCUGGAGUGGAGAAACCAGGAUGCAACGCAUCUACCAUAACAUCAACAUCUUGCGCGACGUGAUCGACGCCAUGCGUCCCUUCCGCUCGGACGCCAUUAUCCUGAUCGUGGCAAACCCGGUCGAUCUAUUGACCUCGCUGGCUGUCGAUAUGUCGCGACUACCGCCGUCACAGGUUAUCGGGUCCGGAACGUACGUCGACUCCGUGCGACUCCGCGGCCUGGUGGCGGACCAUGUUUCCGUGGCGGCUAGCUCGAUCGAUCUGUAUGUCGUGGGCGUGCAUGGUGAAGAGCAGGUUGCUGCUUGGUCGACAGCAACAGUUGGAGGCGUACCGUUGGAUAGGGCACUUGCGAGUAAAUCAGACAACCAAGGCGUGGAGAUUGAUCGUGCGGCGCUAGCGAUGGAGUGCAGACGACGGUCGGAGAGGAUUGUCGAGGCAAAAGGUGCGACACCGUUAGGGAUUGGGGCGAUUGUGGCAAGUAUCUGUUCAUCGGUACUCUGGGAUAAGAAGGAUGUGAGACCGGUGAGCCAUUUCCAGGCCGAGUCAGGUUGCUGUUAUAGUUUGCCCGCGGUGAUAAGGAGGAAAGGAAUCGUGAGGACGACUGAGAUGUCCUUGAGUGCUGAGGAACGGGCGGAUUUGGAUCGGUCGGUAAAGGCGCUGAGGGGGACGAUGGAGAAGAUUAGAGAGGGUUACUAG